AUGCAGUUAGAGAUUGAUCAUUUAAAGAAGAAGUUGUGUCAUGCACGACGAAAGCAAACUCCCUCCAAUUCUGAUGUUUCCUCUGAUGAUGAAGAGGAUAUUAGCUAUAAACGAAGGUCAAGAACCCCACCCAGUGAGUCUUUCUCCUACAAUGAGGAGCACCAUCAUGAACGAAGGUAUAAGAGCCCGCCUCGCAAAGGCUUGGGAAACGACACUAUGAGCAGGGCGUUGAACCAAAUUUCCAAGUCGCCUUUCACGCGCAAGAUCGGAGGGGCAAGACUUCCUCAGCACUUCAAUCAGCCAACGUUCAUCAUUUACAAUGGUCAAAUGGACCUUGUGAAGCAUGUAAGCCACUUCAACCAGAGAAUGGCUGUCCAUUCCAAGAACGAGGCCUUGAUGUGCAAGGUGUUUCCAUCCAGCCUGGGGCCCGUGACGAUGAGAUGGUUCGAUGGCCUAGGGGUAGGUUCCAUAGAUUCCUUUAACGUGUUCACCCGGGCAUUUGGCUCUCGUUUUAUUAGUUGUAGUAGGAUUCUUCGGCCCUUAGAUUCUCUACUAUCCUUAACCAUGAAAGAGAGGGAGACCCUGAAAAUGUACUCAGACAAACACUGGGAGAUAUUCAAUGAGAUAGAUGGUGACUUUGACGAUGUAGCCAUUAGGACUUUCAAGGUUAGGCUACCUGCCGAGCACGUUUUAUGGAAGUCUUUGGUUGGGAAACCUACCACCAGUGUACGCCAACUCAUGGACCGAAUUGAUAAGUAUAAGAGGGUCGAGGAAGACCAGUACCAGGGGAAGGGGAAGGCCAAGGUUAUAUCUCAAGAGAUGAGGGAUUUCAGGUCGGACCGAUACAACAAUAACCAACCUUAG